AUGGGUGACAAGGAUAGUUUGGUUGACAUCUGCCUUAGAGUGGGAGGUGCUUUUGUCCCUAAAAGAGUAACCAAAAACAGGCAGCUGCUGUGUUGGUGUGGUGGUUGGUGUUACUGGAAGAGGAAGGUUCAAGUAUCUAAGUUGGAUGUGCAUUUGAUUAGAACAGCUGCAAUUCAUGGUUUUGUUAAUGGUGAUAUGGAUGUGCCUAUGCAUUACAGCUGUUGGUAUAGGCAGAAGGGGAAAACCUUUAACACUGGGAAAAGGGAACUAGUUAACAGUGAAGAGGUUAAGGGCCUUUUGGAGACAGUAAAUGAAGAGGGGUAUGUUGAGGUUUUUGUAACAACAGAAGCUCCUAGUCAGCCCAUACAAGAGGCCCAACCCAAUCCUGCAAAGACAAAAAAAAAGGAUAAGAAGGUAGAAAGUUCAAAUACAUCGACUAUUAGGAGGAGCCCUAGGUUUAAGAAGACAGAAACUGAACAAAGGGAGGAGAGUCCACCUAGGAAAGCCUCAGCUAAUGCUAAAGUGUUGAGGUUUGAUGAAGAAAAGGAUGAUGGAUGUGAAGGAUCUGGUUAUUCAAGUUCAGAUUUGAGUGAUGAGGGACAAGAUUGGGAACCUGGUGAAGAAGAAUUUGAUGAAGGGGAUGAGGAAUGGUAUAUUGAAGGGUCAAAGGAGAUCUUGGCCAAAGUGAACAAGAGCCUUAGGAAAGGUUUGGAGAGUGCAGUAGAUGACAGGGUUGGCAAAGAUAAGAGAGUAGAGUUGAGAAAUGAUUUGGAUGUUGGAAAACCGAAGGUGAAUCCAGAAAGUGAUGCUGAUUCAGAUGAUUCAAGGAGUUUGUGUGGAUCUGAUGAGGAACAGGACUAUGCUCCUUGGUUUAAUGCUGAUGUGGACUUUGACAACCCAAUCAAGUUGAAGUUAAAUCAGAAAUUCAGUAAUGCUUCAGUCUUGAGGAGGGCCUUAAGACUUCAUGCCAUUCAAAACAGGUAUGAGUUCUACUACUUGCAUAAUGACAGUAAAAGGAUUACAGUUCAGUGUAGAUAUAGAUGUGGCUGUGAGUUCAAUAGCUACACUUGUAGAAUGCCUGCUUGUACAUGUGUGGGGGGGGUAAAGUGUCAGUUCAAGGUGUUUGCAUCAAAACUUGUUAAGCAGCAAACUUGGCAAAUCAAAACCUUGAAUUUAGACCAUUCCUGCUUCAGAGUAAAGAAGAACAAGAUGCUUACUGCUGAAUACAUAGCAGAGAGGUAUUUAGAAGAGUUUAGGAGUAACCCUGGUUGGAGAAUUAAGGAGAUUAGGGCUAGGAUUUUGAAUGAUUUAGGAGUUGAUGUGAGUUACUAUAAGGCAUGGCUAGCUAGGUGUAGGGCAAAACUACUGAUAUUUGGUUCAGCUAGGGAGCAGUAUGCUAGGGUGUGGGAUUAUGGGAAAGCUGUGAUGAAGUACAACCCUGGUUCAGGGUGCAAUGUUGUUGUUGAUGGUAUUGACAGGCCAGAGCCACCAUUGUUCAUGAGGAUGUUCAUCUGUUUAAGGCCAUUGAGAGAUGGAUUUGCAAAGGGUUGUAGGCCUUUAAUAGGGUUGGAUGGUUGUCACCUCAAGGGUGCCUUUCCUGGGCAAAUUCUGGUGGCAGUUGCUAAGGAUGGGAAUAACAACUUGUUUCCUCUAGCUUGGGCCACAGUGGAGAUUGAAAACCAGGAAACUUGGGGUUGGUUCUUGGAAUCCCUUAUGUCAAUGUUCACACAUGAUCAAGGAGCUGGGCUGACCAUCAUGUCUGACAGGCAAAAGGGUUUGAUUAAAGCAAUGGCUGAUGUUAUUCCCAAAGCUGAGCAAAGGUUUUGUGUGAGGCAUAUUUGGGCUAACUUCAAGCUCAACUUCACUGGAUCAACCUUUAAGGAGCUGUUUUGGAGAGCAGCUAGGGCCACCACCAUUUUUGAGCAUGAAAUUGCCAUGGAGUCUAUCAAAUUCCUCGAUGAAGAGGCAUAUGAGUAUUUAAUCAACAUUCCUCCCCACCAUUGGUCUAGACAUGCAUUCACACCAAACUGCAAGUCCAACAUGUUGUUGAACAACAUGUGUGAGACUUUCAAUGCAGUCAUUAGGCCUGCCAGAGAUAAACCUAUCCUCACCCAAAUGGAAUGGAUGAGGAGGUAUAUUAUGAACAGGAAUAAUGAAAAGUGGGAGGAUUCAAAAACAAUUACACACAACUUAGUGCCAUAUGUGAGGCAUGUUCUGGGGAGGAUAGACUUUGUGGCUAGGUCCUGUGUGGUGCAGCCAUCCAGAGGGAAUACAUUUGAGGUGCAGCUGAAGGAUGACCAGGUGUUGGUUGAUUUGGACAAGGAGACCUGCACAUGUUACCAUUGGGAACUCACUGGCAUUCCAUGUGUUCAUGCUUAUGCCUGCAUAUUGGAUAUGAGGGGUGACAUAGAGGCUGUUGUUGACCCAUACUAUACCAUGGACACAUACAGGUCUGCUUAUGAACCAGCUGUCCAACCAAUGCCUGGCCCAAAGCACUGGGAGAGAGUCAGAAUGAGGGAACCACUACCCCCUUCUGUUAAGGUGCAACCUGGGAGACCAAAGAGCAAAAAAAGGAAGCUUGAGCCAGGAGAAUGUUCUUCUUCAGGUGGUCAGGCAAGUACCAAGAGGAAGAAGCAAUGCAGCAACUGUGGGGGAUAUAGGCAUUAUGCCAAGACUUGCAAAGUACCUGCUGCACCAGCUACAGAGCUGAUAAAGUCAGCAGGCAGACCCCCACUGAACACUCCUUGGAUGGUGGAGGAGAGGAAGAAGAAAGAGAUUAGGGCUGCUAAAAAGAGUGCAAUUGGGGCUGGACCAAACAGCAUAGGAAACAAAAAGUUUCCUCAAGAGCAAGAAGGUUGUCUGCCAUUCAGCAAGCGCCCACAGCCACAGUCUUCCUCAGCUAAGCAUUCCUCAGCUCAGCCAUCCUCUAGUCAGCCAUCCUCAGCUCAGCCUUCCUCAAGUCAGCCUGCCUCAAGCCAACCAAAAAGAAAGACAAGGUCUUCCUCAAGUCAGCCUACAACAGCCACAGGUGUUGUAACAAGGGCCAGGCUGCAAUCCCUCAACAACCUUACUCAGUGAUGUACUCAUGCUGGAUAUCAAACAUUAUGUCUGUUGAACAAUUUCAAACUUUUAUUAUGUACUCAUGACUGGUUAUGUAACUUGCUAGUUUUUUAGUGGCUUCCCUUAACAAAUUUGAACAAUUAGAUAUUGAAUUGUA